UCCAACUCUUUUUAGGGUCCUCACGACUUCUAUAAGCUCAUGUUAAGUGCUUCACUCACUAGCAAAAACCACAACAAAAACACUCUUUCCCCUUUGUCUCUCUUCACUUCAUUCCUUUGUUUAUUUUUUUGUCUAUCUCAUCUUCUUCUUCAUCAUCUCUUUCAUUUUAUAUUAUCCCCAAAAUUAAUUCCCAUAAAAGAAAACAAAAUCUUGAUCAUUUUUUAUAGUUUUUGUCUCUUGCUUUUGAAAUCUUAAAGAAUCUCUUCUUGAUCUUUUCUAGUCUUUUUUCAAGAAAACAAUUUUGCAAGUGUUUGACCCUUUUCUCCUUCACUUUCAAGAACUCAAUUUUUAACAAUGAUCUUAUUAGUGCUUCAAACUUUAAUUGUUCUACAUUCCCAUGAUGAAUAUGUUGAUGAUGCAUGAGAGGGUCAAUAAUGUAUUAUUUCCUAGUUGUUUAAAAAAAAAGAGUGGUGAAAAUCUUCUAGGUUUUUUUUUUUGGUUAUCCUACUUUUUCAUUACUAGUUGAAGUCAGCCACUAGUUUCAAUUUUAAUCAUUUUAGUCUACAUAGCUCUUGCUACACCUAUACCUUAGGUUGUACUAAUUAUAAUAAGUUCCUAUCUUGUCCCUUUUGGUCUCCACAUAAGUACAAAAAAUUUUCUUGAAAGAGGUUAGAAAUGGAACUUCCAAGUCAAGAUCAUGAGGAUAUGCCAAUACCAAUUAACAGCACAUAUGGACAUUUGAUACAUCAUGAUCCUACACCACCCAACAAUACCAAUCACAUUAUACCACCUUCUAUGAAUGGUCCUCCAAUUGAUGCACCACCAGUAGCAACUGCAGCAGAUCAUCAUGUACCUUUCAAGAAAAUAGUCAGGUACAAAGAGUGUCUAAAGAACCAUGCAGCAUCUAUGGGUGGUAAUGCAACAGAUGGAUGUGGAGAAUUUAUGCCAAGUGGUGAAGAAGGUACAAUUGAAGCUUUGAUUUGUUCAGCUUGCAAUUGUCAUAGGAAUUUCCAUAGAAAAGAAGUAGAAGGUGAUCAACAACAAUUAGCAUCUUCUUGUGAUUGUUUUCAUCAUGUGAACAAUAGAGUAUUAGGAGGAGGAUCAACAAAAAAAGUGUAUUUAGGACAUAACCAUCACAAAACAAGCUUAGGUCCUGAACCAUUUGGUACAAUAAUCCCAACAAGGCCACCACAUCAUCAAAUGAUAAUGUCAUAUAACAUGGGCUCACUUCCAAAUUCUGAAUCAGAAGAACAUGAUAUUCAAGAUCAUCAUCAUAUUGGUGGGAUUAUGGGUAUGGCUAGACCCUUACAUCAUGUCAAAAAGAGAUUUAGGACUAAAUUUACUCAAGAACAAAAGGAUAAAAUGCUCAAUUUUGCUGAAAAAGUUGGAUGGAAAAUACAAAAACAAGAAGAAGGGGUUGUGCAACAAUUCUGUCAAGAAGUUGGAGUUAAAAGAAGAGUGCUUAAAGUUUGGAUGCAUAACAAUAAGCAUAGCCUUGCCAAGAAAAAUAUUACUACUAAUAUUCCUAAUGAAAAUCAACUUCCAUGACUUUUUUUAUAUUUUUUUUUAAAUAAUAAUAAUAUGUAGUCUAGUAGUACUAGUCCAUGUUGGAAAUUUCUUAUGCUUGUUUUGGAUUUUUGUUUAAUUAAUUAACUUAUUAAUCUCAUUUAUCCAGUGCUGACUGGAUUUAUAUUUAAUUGUACUUUUUAUUUUAUUUUA